AUGAAGGCGGCUAACAGGACGUUCGUCGUGUCUGGUGGGUCGAGCGGCCUGGGGUUGGCGGCCGUACAGCAUCUCCUUGAAGCCGGAGCACAUGUUGCUGUAUGCGAUUUGAACCCUCCUCGGAGCGAUCUUGGCUCGCGCUCGAAGUUCUGGGAGCUGGACGUUACCAAGCCCGAAGUUGUCGAGGCCGUUGUGGAGCAGGUCGUGGCAUGGUCUAAAGAAACAGGCGCGACGCUCGGAGGCGUGGUCAACUGUGCUGGAGUUGGUACUGCUGCAAAGAUCAUCGGCGCAGACAACGAGCCGCACUCGCUCGACCUCUGGCAGUUCGCGCUCGACGUCAACUUGACAGGAACAUUCAACCUCUCCCGGUUGAUCUGCAAACAUCUGGUUCAUGUCACUCCUGAGGGCCCCGACGGCGAACGCGGUGUUGUGAUCAUGGUUGCCAGUUCUGCUGCUUUUGAGGGUCAACCCGGCCAAGCAGCCUACUCAGCCUCCAAAGGCGGUCUCGUAUCCAUGACCCUCCCCCUCGCACGCGACCUCGGCCGACACGGUAUCCGCGUCAUGACGAUCGCGCCCGCAGCGUUUACCAGCGCCAUGACGGAUCGUAUGUCGGCAAAGACGCAGUCGAGCCUGGUGCGGGAGCUUGUCUUUCCCAAGCGAUUGGGUACAGCGCACGAGUUUGCUCAGACGGUCAUGUACAUCGUGGGGUGCUCGUAUGUGAACGGGGAGACUAUUAGGUUGACGGGUGGAGCGAGGUUGCCUGGUAGACUCUGA